CAAUCAGUGAAAUGUCAAAACUGGCUGACUCUGUUUAUAUUAUGUUUCAUCAUUUUUGUUUGAUACAAAAUUUCGCAAGGAACAGGCUAAAAAGAUUAUAACUAUUUAUACAUAAAAUGGAUAUGGUUGUACAAGAACCUAAAAAUAUUCCACCCGGUGCAGCACAACCCGAGAAAAGAGUAAAACAAUUGUCCGAUGUGCAGGUGUGGCUACGCUCGGAGGCGUAUUAUGAUUUAGUGGGGUUCAUUAAUGGAAUCAGUACAGCAGUGCAAGGAAAAAAGAUAAAUGAUCAAAUUUACAUUUCGCCAACAAUGAAAAGUUUAAUUGAGAUCUUCGACAAAUUGAAUGCAUUUAUCGAUGAAACACCGCCGAUUGAACAACCACAACGUUUUGGAAAUAAAGCUUUUCGUGCCUGGUCUCGAAAAAUGAAUCAUGAGAUAUUUCAAAUUUUGCAAAAUAGUAUUCCGGCUGAUAAAUGUCAGUUGGUUACAGAGUUGGGAUUUUACUUAUCUGAGUCAUUUGGCAAUUCUGUGCGUAUUGACUAUGGCACUGGGCACGAGUUGUCUUUUAUUUUCUUUUUAUGUUCGCUAUUUAAAGCAGCAAUUUUGAAAGAAGAAGAUAAUAUUGCUAGUGCAUUAAGCCUGUUUAAUACGUAUCUGACGUUUGUGCGACGUCUUCAAAAAACGUAUCGUAUGGAGCCGGCUGGGAGCCAGGGUGUUUGGUCGCUUGAUGAUUAUCAGUUUAUACCAUUUAUCUGGGGUAGUGCUCAGCUUUCAUUUGGAAGUCCCUUUCCACCUGCUAAAUUCUUAGAUGAGGAUAUAAUUAAUGCUUAUAAAAACGAUUAUAUGUAUAUAGGUUGUAUUGACUUUAUACAACAGGUAAAAACUGGUCACUUUUCUGAACAUUCAUACCAGCUGUGGAGUAUAUCCGCCGUUCCAUCAUGGUCUAAAAUAAAUGCUGGUCUCGUUAAAAUGUACCAGAAAGAGAUUUUAUCAAAGUUUCCAAUUAUUCAACAUGUAUACUUCGGACAUUUAAUGUCUUUUAAUGGCGUGAAACCUGGUACAACUAUAGCAAGUGCACGAUUAGGAUUUUUGCAUCCAGCAACAGUUACAGCUGGAAAGAAACCAUUAAUUGGAACUAAUAUAACAGGUGUUGAUAAAGUAGUUACUGCGACGAGUUCUACCGAACCAGAUUCAACAAAUAACAAACAACAUGUCAUGAUAAACGCUGAAUCCAAUCAGUUGACCAAGGAAAGCGUUGAGUGAACACAACUUUCAGUCAACAUAUACUACUCAUAAUAUUAAUGUAUAGCUCAACAUAUAGUUCGGGUUGGAUUGUUUUCUUAAUUUAAUUAAAAAAAAAACAUUUAUUGAUUAUAUUUUGUUGUUUAUUUUAUAUAUUAAUAAAGAAUACAACAAUGAAGAA